CUUCACUUAUACACACCGUCUCUCCGCCACGUCUUCUCUGCUAUAGGAGGACUAGUCUUCUCCUUCCCCCAUUACCCCCUUUAUAAAUUCACCUCAAUCCUUUCUCCCCCAUUUUCUUUCCCACAAUUUUAUCUCCCUUUCCUUUUCUCCAAUCCUCACCAUCAUCUCACACAAAAAUGGACAUCAAUGGUGGCAAAAACUUCCGUCAUCGGAAAUCUCCUUCCUCCGAUCUUUUUCUUGGCCUUUUUACGUUCUCAUCGCCGUCCUCUGACGAUCUUUCCGGUUACGAGCUCUCCGAAGCCGAUCUCUUCUGGACCGGAGGUAAUGGUGGAGUGAAUGACUCGUCUGAAUCAACUCGCUCCCCACACUCGCCUAAAUCGCGUCGAAACUUAGGGUUUCACCGACAGGAGAAACCUGGAAUCCUUGCUGCGUUUCCCGAUGAUUGCAUGAAUCGGUUUUCUACUCCGUUUCGAGCGAUUCCGAAGCCUCGUCAGCGGGUUUCCGAUGAGUUAACUCAGUCUACUCCGAGUCGAUUGUUUCAGCACUCUGCUCCGGUGAAUGUUCCGAAGAUGAUGAUACAGAAGAAGCCAAAGAGAAUCGGAGUAUUAGACGAGCUAGACAAGGAAGAAAAUGAAGAAGAUGAUGAUGAUGGGAUGCUUCCGCCGCACGAAAUUGUUGCGCUUAAGCUGAAAUCGACCUCAUCGGUGCUCGAAGGUGUUGGAAGGACUCUGAAAGGGAGAGAUAUGAGACAAGUUCGCAAUGCUGUGCUGAGGCAAACUGGUUUCCUUGAUUAAGAUUAUGAUUAAGAUAGAUUCUUAAUUUAUUUUUGUUGCAAAAUGUGGAAUUUUCUGUUUUCUUUUGUUGCCGGCGGGUUUGGUGAAUCCGUGAAUGGAAGUUGGUUGUUUUUGGUUACUUCUUUCAUUAUCACUGGAAAAUUUGUAUUAGACGUGAAGAAUGGAAAAAAAUUAUAGAUUAAGAUUUAAGGUUGCUGGUGUAGUUGUUUUGGUGGAAGUUGGCGUAUGAAUUGAAACUUGUUACAUCGUUUUGCUGUAUACUACUCCAUGUUAGGAGAAAAGAAAGGUUUUACAAAUUACUCCCUUACACUUAAUCUUUCUACAAGUCCUCAUUCAUUUGCGUGACACUUUAAUGUGAAGUGUUAAUGCCAAGUCUUGCAUUUGUUUAAAUCGUUAACCCAAUUUCCAAAUUUUUUUGUAAUCUCAAAUCUGAACCUUUGGAUUUCCUAUAACACAGUCUGCGGACUGAAUACUUGUACGGAUCUAUCGCUUAGUAGUUAGGACUAAUCAACUUGAAUCAUAGACUUAAGGUCCCUUAAUGGAAUUUCUGAGUCUUCAAGGGUCUAAUUACAAGAAAUAAAAGUUCCUUCUCAUACA